AGACCGCUGUCAGGCAGGCAGACCCAGGGCCUUUCCCAGCACAGAGCUGUCAAUGGAUUUUGUGGCUGGAGCCAUCGGAGGUGUCUGCGGUGUUGCUGUGGGCUACCCCCUGGACACGGUGAAGGUCAAGAUCCAGACAGAGCCCAGGUAUAGGGGCAUCUGGCACUGCGUCUGGGACACGUAUCGCCGAGAGCGGGUGUGGGGCUUCUACCGAGGCCUCUCGCUGCCUGUGUGCACCGUGUCCCUGGUCUCGUCCGUGUCUUUUGGCACCUACCGCCACUGCCUGGCACGCAUCUGCCGCUUUCGCUAUGGCAGCCCCGAUGCAAAGCCCGCCAAGACUGACAUCACACUGUCCGGAUUUGCCUCUGGCCUGGUCCGCGUGUUCCUGACCUCGCCCACCGAGGUGGCCAAGGUCCGCCUGCAGACGCAGACGCAGACGCAGAGGCAGCAGCGGCGCCCUUCCGCCUCGUGGCCCUCGGCUGCGCCCCCGCUGUGUCCCGCGCCCCCUGCCGGUUCCGGGCCCAAGUACCGAGGGCCACUGCACUGUCUGGCCACGGUGGCCCGCGAAGAGGGGCUGCGGGGUCUCUACAAGGGCAGCUCGGCCCUGCUCUUGCGCGACGGCCACUCCUUCGCCACUUACUUCCUGUCCUACACCAUCCUCUGCGAGCAGCUCACGCCCGCUGGCCACAGCCAGCCAGAUGUGUUGGGCGUGCUGGUGGCCGGGGGCUGUGCUGGGGUCCUGGCCUGGGCCGUGGCCACCCCCAUGGACGUGAUCAAGUCACGCCUGCAGGCGGACGGGCAGGGCCAGAGGCGCUACCGGGGCCUCCUGCACUGCGUGGUGACCAGCGUGCGUGAAGAGGGGCCGCGGGUCCUCUUCAAGGGGCUGACGCUCAACUGCUGUCGUGCCUUCCCCGUCAACAUGGUGGUCUUUGUCGCCUACGAAGCCGCGCUUCGGCUCAUCCGGGGCCUGACCGCGUAGCCAGUCCCGAUGCCCCUGGGGCCGACCCGCUGCAGCUUCUUGAGGUCCUGGGGGCUGGAGGAGGCGCAGGAGAGUCUUGGGGUCUGGGCCCACGGAGCCGCCGCCCAGGACAGUCCGAGCCUCCCUGGAGCCCGAGUCACUGUGCUUGGGGCUACAGGACCACAGGGAGUCUGAGGGGCCCAUCUGCCAGCAGCCUGGGGUUGGCAUGAGGGUCAUAUGGCCAGGGAGGAGUGGGCCUCUUGGAUGAGGACAUCCGUCCCAUGGAGUCGCUGGAGCACGUCAUCGGAGUUCCAGCUUCCUGGUCAUCCCUCCCUGCUGCCCGCGUCUUC